CCUUAUGACCCCUCAGCUUUUUAACUGCUGCUGCCAUUUUUCUCUGCUGCCUGUUUCCGUCACACAUCAGAAGCAAAAUGGCAUCUGGAGUUAAAGUCACUGACGCCGUUAAGGACCUCAUCAAUGAAAUGAAAGUAGUGAAAAAUGAUGCUGACCAGAAUGAACGCGUAAGAUUGGUGAUAUUCAAAAUCGAUGACAGCGAGGGCGCCAUCGUCGUCGAUAAAAUCUACCGUCAGAAAGACCUGGCAGACAAGGACGAUGUCUUCAAGUUCUUCAUCAGCCUCCUGGAUUCUAAAGUCUGUCGCUACUUGAUGUAUGACUGCCACUUUGAAACAAAGGAAUCAAGUAGAAAAGAAGAACUGGUCGCUGUGAUGUGGGCUCCUGAUACGGCACCAAUCAAAGAAAAGAUGAAAUACGCUAGCUCCAAAGAUUCCCUGAAGAAGAUCCAAACAGGAGUCAAACACAUGCUGGAGAUGAAUGACCUUUCAGAUUAUGGAACCAGGGAAAGUUUUGCAGAAAGAAUGGGAAAAGGUGUAGUCAAGCUUGAGGGCCACGCUGUGUGAGAUCACUGAAUUAAGCAAUAAGGAAUAAAUAAAUGAAUGAAAAAUAUA